AUGACAGAAGGAAAUGGUAGAUCUUUGGGUUCAGAAGCGUCUUUAGGACAAGAAAUAACCGACACAGAUGUAUUAAAUUGUCCAGUAUGUGGUGAUGAACUCAAGAGUUUAAGAAAACUAAACGCACAUUUGGAUACGGUACAUGGCUUCAACGAUGGAUCACCGUCAGAUACGGAUGUGGAUAGUUCUAGGGAAUCGAGUGUAAUUGGGCUGAAUACUUUGGAACAAAGCGUAGCUGAUAAGAGUGACAGUGCGAAACCAAGAGAUGUGCAAUAUAAGGGGAGGUAUAAGAUCAAAACUUCACAUUGGAAAAAGCCAGUGGAUGGGAAAUAUCACUGUUUUCAGUGUAAUUGUAAAAUAACGGGGAAAACUGGGGCCAUAAACUGUAGGAAAUGCGGAGAAAUAUUCUGUUUAAAACAUUGCCGAAAUGUAAUCAAAUUGAAUGAGAAUUCUGAGUACGAUCCAAUAAAAGGAAUGUGGUGCAAGUGUUGUCGGCGGUGCUUUACAAGUCGGGAAGGAUACAACGAUUUCGGAUAUUAUAGAAAUAUUACAGAAGACUUUUUAGGGAUUAGAAAAUUAAAGAAUGAGGAUGGAGAUCUCAUUGCAUUGCAGUUAGAGAAUCGUCUAUUAAACUUAAUAAACGGUAUCAUAAAAAUCUAUCUACGACACAUGUCCUCCAUAAUUGGGAGUAUGAUGAUUAGAAGAGAGGUUCACGCUCUAGAACGGUCUAUUGUAGAGUGGAAAGAUGAUCGUUCGGUUUCAGAGUGCUCUAUAUGUUCAAACUCUUUCCAAAUGUUAAUGAGGAAACACCAUUGCCGAUUAUGUGGACAAGUAGUGUGUGAUAGAGUUGCUACAAGAUGCUCGAGCGACAUUCCAGUGCUUAAUUUGAUGAGUGCAGCUCCUGAUUUGUCGUUUGAAAGUAUAGCAAAUAUAAGGGAUAUUUCUCAGUUUACCACUUGCGUAAGAGUAUGUUCUCUCUGCUUGAGAUCCGUGUAUGCUAAAAGAAAACUUGAAUUCCAAAAGCAAUCUCCUUUACCUAGUAUCUUACAAGAAUAUGAGAAUUUGCAUAACCUGGAAGUACUAGUAACGAAAUUACUUCCUCACUUUAAUGAGUGCGUAAAUAAAAUUCAUGAAAACACCACCCCUGAUGAGAAACUGGUCCAAGAUUUAGCUCAGCUAAGGCGGAAACUAUUACAGAAUCUCACACUUUAUGAUAAAAUCUCAAAGAAGCUAAUACAUAUGGACGUACAUUCUCAAGCCGAACUGAAAAUCCAACAAUCCAUCGCCAGUCAUGCGUCGACCUUCAUUGAGGAAAAAAUGCUACCACUAAAGAGAAUACCAAAUGUUUUCACCCCUGCGUCAGAAGAGAUCAAGGUUACUAGCUCUUCAGAUCUUUUGUUCAACAAUUUAACAAUCGCAGAGGUUAAAAGAUACCGUGAAGAACUAAUGGUUUUAAAAGAACAAAGAUAUUUGGUUGAAACAAUGCUGAACUCUGCCGCAAAGGAGAGAAGAUUUGAGGAAGCUAUAACUUUGAAGAGUAAUCUAGCAGAAAUUGACAAGAACGUAGAGAAUCUUGAAUCGAGGCUCGGACAAGAAGGCUUCGAUUAA